GUAUACAGAAGAAAAACUAUCGGGACGUAACGAAAGGAAAAAAACCAUCUCCUGGAUUGCAAAUUACUACAAAAGGCGAUUAGCUGAGUAAAUCUACGUCAUGGCAAACAUUGCUGUGCAACGUAUAAAAAGGGAGCUGAAAGAAGUUCUAAAUAGCGAUGAGGUCGCACGGUGUUCCAUCCAUGUCGAACUAGUCGGCGAAAGCUUUGCUGAGCUGAAAGGUGAAAUUGCCGGCCCGCCUGAUACCCCGUAUGAAGGUGCAAGAUUUCAACUAGAAAUCAAGAUUCCUGAAACCUAUCCUUUUAACCCUCCCAAAGUUCGGUUUGUUACCAAAAUUUGGCACCCAAAUGUUUCUUCAGUAACUGGAGCUAUCUGUCUGGAUAUUCUGAAACACCAAUGGGCUGCUGCCAUGACACUAAGGACUGUGCUUCUGUCGCUGCAAGCAUUACUUGCCUCACCAGAACCUGAUGACCCUCAAGAUGCAGUUGUAGCCCGACAAUGCAAAGAUAAACCACAAAUCUUUCAGUUAACUGCUCAACAUUGGGCCAAUGCAUAUGCAGGAGGUCCUUCGAUCAACACAGAUUACGAGAACAAAAUACGACGAUUAAAGGAUCUUGGUGUAACGGAAAUGAACGCACGAGCAUCACUCUCAUCUUGUGACUGGGAUCUAGAGCGCGCAACUGAGCAGAUAUUUAGUUAGUGAUUUGUAUCUUUUUAAGCCUUUUUAUAUGUAAGCAAAAUUUAUUGCCUACAGUUUUUCUUGAGUGAAUGGCUAAGGUGUUUGAGCAAUUUAUGAAAUUCUUUGCGUUCUAUCAUGGUCUUGAUUGUCAUAUCUUUAGAUCGAAUAUAAAUUGAAUUAAAAACAA